GGACAGGAAAACAAAACUUUCCAGAAUUUCCGGCAAUGUAAGUGAGAUCAGAGCCAAGAACUACAACUCCCAGGGUUCUGUGCUUGCUCUGGGAAGAGCAGAGAUGGCUGAGCAAGCUGGGUCUCACCGCCGAUCACUGUACAAACAGGUGGGCUCCCCACAUUGGAAGGAGGCUUUCCGGCAGAGAUGUCUGGCAAGAAUGAGAAACAGCCGAGACAGGCUCCUGAACAAGUACCGCCAGGCUGGAGGCAGAGCUCUGAAUAGCCUUCUAGUGCAAGAGGUCAUGGAGGAAGAGUGGAAUUCUUUCCAGUCAAUGCAGAACUGUCCAGAGGACUUGGCUCAGUUGUCGAUUGACUUGGCUGUGCUGGAGGAAAUCCAACAGGAGCUGACUGCAGAAGAACAGUCCAUUAUCAGCGAGUACGAGAAGAGCUUGCAGUUCGAUGAGAAGUGUCUCAGCAUCAUGCUAGCUGAGUGGGAAGCAAAUUCCCUCAUCUGUCCUGUGUGUACAAAGUACAACCUGAGAAUAGGAGCAGGUGUGGUGAUUUGCCAGUGUGGCCUGCACAUCCCUUCUCACCUGACAGAACAGAAGCUUCGUGCCCAUUUAGAGGCUAGUUUAAACGAUCAUAGCACACACUGUCCCCAUAUUCCUGAGUUCUCAGUCACGGAUGGACCAGAACACCCCAGCCUUCUCAUGACCUGUCUGGUUGGAUCUGCAGUACUUUUAACCUCAGCAUCCCGGAGCACUAAGAUGACAGCUGUGCACCUUAUACUUCCCACUCAAAGGCAACUGAAUGAAGGUGCAGGACAAGCAGCAGGGUCAAGAGUGGUCUCUAACAAUUCUGCUGAGCCCCUAACUGUAACUGAACCUGGGUGGCAUCACACGGCUUGUGACACUUGGGCUGGGAUCCUGUAGACUGAACUCAUCAUUCUGCUGGGUUGGAAGUUGCUCAUUUCCUCUGAGAAGAGGCCUUGUACAUACAUACCUUUUAUUCAUAACUUAUUUUAUAUUAAAACUGUUCAAACACCUCUA